UUUUGCUUAAUUUUUGGAAAUCAAAUUCUUUUAAAAGUCUUUUUUUAUGAUGUAGGUACAUUCUACAAGGAUAUUAACAUUAGUAGAUUAGUAUUAUAAAUUCGGGUAAAAUGUAACGGUAAACUAUUUUUUUUCGGAACGCAACACGCCAAACUCCGCCAGAGACCUUUCUUUCAAAAUGACAGCUUGAUUUGGUUUGGUUUCCGCUACUGUACUGUUGUGCUAUUUUUCGAUUUUUAAUAGGAAAAUCCAAAGAAAAUGUCGAUUUCUACUGCUACAGAUGAACGCACAGAAGGUGAUGAUGACACCUCACAAGGAAGCCACCCAAAAGAAGACAGUAGUGACUCUGAAAAUGAGACUGAGCCUCAAAAUCAAAAUGGAGGCUCUCCCGCACCAGAAGUUCAUGAAAUCACUAGUGAUGAUGAUGAGGAAGAGGGGGGUGUAACAAAUGAAGAUGAUUCCUCCAACUCAAGUACAGUAAGUAAUGAUAGUUCAGAUGGAUCCCAACACAGUAGUAAGGAAACAGAGAAGAAAGACAUUGAACAUUUAGAAGAGAAUGGUGCUGAUGAGUCUGACAUUGAAGAAAUUGCUAUGGAGGAUCCAUUAAACCAAACACAAAGCAUUAACAAACCUAUUGUGAUAAAUGAUACAAAGUGUUUGGUCAACUUAGCUUCUAAACAAACUAAACCAAAUGGGGAUCAGAAUAAAGAGCCUACAGUUGUUAUUAUUGAUACAAAUUCAAUACUUGCUGGUAAAGGGCCUCUCCCGUUGCAAAGCAAAAUGCAUACAACUACUACUACUAGUAUGAUGGAUCAACAGGACUUGUGCCAAAGCAUUGCUGCUCGGGGCACUACUAUCACACCAGUUAGUAAUAAGACUGCAAAUCAGAACAGUGCUCAUAAUAGUACUCCUGCAGCUCCACCUCCCAACAUACUGCCAUCUCUCACAGAUGAUAUGUUUGUUGUUGAAGCACCAUCCUUCAUUGUUCCAUAUGUUUAUGAGAAACCUUCUCUAAAGCCUUUUAGAGAAUUUGUGGACAAGCUUGGUAAAGAGCUUGAAGAACUCAAAAUUAAAGAAGACCAGGAAAAAGCAGAGAAGGAAAAGAUUGAGAGGGAAAGGAGAGAUAAAGAGAGGAAGGAAAGAAUUGAAAGAGGAGAAAUAGAGGAAGAUGAUGAGGAAAAAGCAGAGAAGGAAAAGAUUGAGAGGGAAAGGAGAGAUAAAGAGAGGAAGGAAAGAAUUGAAAGAGGAGAAAUAGAGGAAGAUGAUGAGGUUAAGGAGUCCAGAAAACUAGAAGUUGCACAAAAGAAAGAGAAAAAACAAGGACGGAAACGCACUGAUGAUGAUGAUGAUGAUUCUUGGGACGGUGAAUCAUCCUCUGAGUCAGAGGAAGAAGCUCUCAGUGAUGAUGAUGCUGUAGUAAUUAAAGAAAAAGAGGACAGUGACACCACCGACCCAAUCAGCCUUAUUGCCAAAAGCCUUUCAAGUGGAAAGCCAGACAGUUACUUUGAUUGUUCAUUAGGACAAUUUUUUAUUAACAUUGGACUGAAUUUAGUGCAAGAGUAUGUUCAAACUGAUUUAUUAAAGCAACAACAGCGCAAGCUCUAUAAAGAGAAGAAAUCAGGACGCAGUACCAAGUCAACGGAGGCUGCAAUUGCAUCUUUGUCACAGAACUUAGAUUUCAGCAAGAAAACAAAUGCACCAUUUGCUCUUUCACACAGAAGGUGUGAUUUUUGUAGUUUUAAAACUGAAUCUAUGUUAGUUAUGGCUCAUCACCUUGAAGCACCUCACAUGAGAAGUAACAUAUACAAGUGUAAUUCAUGUGAGUUUGAAAUACGAAGUCCUCAUGAUAUAUUGUUCCAUAUGGAGGCAGAACACAAUAUUAGGGGCAGGUUGGAACGGGCUCCUGCAUACCAGCAAUGUGCUAACUGUCAUUUUGAAGACAACAGUAAAACAAAACUGGCUCGACAUUUGAUUGCUUGUGCUAAAAAAUUCAAGCCAGAAUUUAACCUAGGACCUCCCCUAGAAUGGGAACCCCCAGCAAAAAUACCAAAGUUAACCAGAGCACGCAAUAAUAUGAUGAGUUCUUACCAAUCAAAUUAUAAUAGACCUAAUAUGAAUAACAUGGGCAGGCCUCAAUUGAACAUUACAAAUGCCUUGCCUAAUAUGCCUAUGUUGGGAAGACCGCGAGGUCGUCCUCCCCUUUCAGGUCCACCACGUCCUUCUGCUGUGUCAGGAAUGCCAAUAAUAAGGAGCGGUGUCAUGAUUAUGCAUAAUACUCCACCUGGAACGACAAUCUCCAACUAUCCAAUCGUAAAUAAUCAAAGCAAUGCACCUGCAGCCCCUAAAAUAUCAAUCACUCCUUUACCUCGAGCCCCACAACCUUCUUCCUCACAAUCAGCCCACAAUUCUAAAGCCACUUUUGUCAUCUGCGAAAUAUGUGAUGGUUAUAUUAAAGACUUAGAGCAGCUAAGGAACCACAUGCAGUGGAUACACAAAGUGAAAAUACACCCUAAGAUGAUAUAUAACAGGCCACCAUUGAACUGUCAAAAAUGUCAAUUUAGGUUUUUUACAGAUCAAGGCUUAGAGAGGCACCUCCUUGGUUCCCAUGGUUUGGUAACAAGUUCAAUGCAAGAAGCAGCAAACAAGGGUAAGGAUGCAGGUAGGUGUCCCGUGUGUGGCAGAGUGUAUCAGUGGAAACUCCUUAAUCAUGUGUCAAGGGAUCACAACAUGACACUGAAACCAGCCCAUUUAUCGUACAAAUGCACGGUGUGUACUGCCACUUUUGGUAUGUAUAAGCAGUUUGAGAAUCAUGUAUAUUCGGCUCACAGCGUCGUAGCCAAACGUGUUAUGGACAAGACUAAGACUACUACUCCUGCAAGCAAACCUGCUGACUCUGAAUCACUUCUUAAACCUUUAAAAAUUAGUGAUGAGAUCACAAUCAUACCGCAGCCUGCAAAGUCAUCACUAACUAUUACUGCUAAGGGUAAAUAACAUAGGUGUUAAUGAAUCUGAUGACUUUGAGAGGAAAGGAAGUAAUCACAUUUUAUCAGUGGCUUAUUGGAGCAGUAUUUUGUAAAUAAAAUUUAAACUGUACCGACCGUAUUUAAAAUGUUAAAUGUUUGAAAGUUGACGGUAAUAUUAGAGGGAUAAAUGUAGACAUAAGUGUGAAUGAUUUGUUUGUAAUAAAAAUUAAGUGAAUUUAAAUGUAAGUUGUAUAUUGAAAUGUGUAAAAUAAUUACAUAAACCAAUAAUCAAUAGUAUAACCGUAUUGUAUCUUGUAGCUUGUUAUCAUCAUUUAAAAUAUUUAAGAAUAGCGUGCAAUGCGAUGAUUCAAAUGUCACAAAUCCAUUGCUAUUAAAUUAUUAUAGAUCUGUCAACCCUUCCUGUUAAUAAAAGUUGCUGGAUUUACAUUAAUUUCAUUACUGUGUUUUUAAAUGUUAUUUAUUUUAAUACAUAUAUUGUUAUUAUAUUAUUAGAAAUCACUAAUUUACACUCUUUAAUAGAACACAUGAUACAUUAUCGUAAUAAAACGAUUCUAUACUUAUUGUAAAUUUGCCUAAGUAGACUUUCCAUUUCCUUUGUAAAUCACUUAAGAUAAGUAAGUUAGCCUUGAUUAGUUAUAGAGAAGUAUAAAAAUAUAUGUACUAAUUUCUCGCAAAUUACGGAAAUCACGAUAGACUACCGAGACUGGGAAACCAGUUGAAUAUUUUCUGAUCUCUGGUUAAACGGGCUAGUGUUGAUUUCGUAAUGCUGUACUUAUACAGAAAACAGAAACCUGAAAAUGUAUUUUUUUUAUUUAAAUAAAAGACCAUUAUAACUAA